CCGCCCUCUCCCCCGGCCAUGCGCGCGCGGGAGCGGAGCCCGGAGCUGGCGGCUGAGGGAGGCGCGAAUCGAGCUGAGCUGAGAUUUUUUCCUGUCCUUCCCUAAAAAUGUCCAAGCAACAGCCUGCUCAGUUUACCAAUCCAGAAACUCCCGGCUAUGUUGGAUUUGCAAACCUUCCCAAUCAGGUUCACCGAAAGUCUGUGAAAAAGGGGUUUGAAUUUACUCUUAUGGUGGUUGGUGAAUCUGGAUUAGGAAAAUCUACAUUAAUAAACAGCCUCUUCCUGACAGAUCUCUACCCAGAAAGGAUAAUCCCAGGAGCUGCUGAUAAGAUUGAACGCACUGUGCAGAUUGAAGCCUCAACAGUUGAAAUUGAAGAGAGGGGUGUGAAACUGCGCCUGACAGUUGUGGAUACUCCAGGAUAUGGAGAUGCCAUCAAUUGUCGAGACUGUUUUAAGACCAUAAUCUCUUACAUUGAUGAGCAGUUUGAGCGAUACCUGCAUGAUGAGAGUGGAUUGAACAGAAGGCAUAUCAUAGAUAAUCGAGUUCAUUGCUGUUUCUAUUUCAUUUCACCAUUUGGUCAUGGCCUUAAGCCUCUGGAUGUUGAGUUUAUGAAGGCCAUACACAACAAAGUAAAUAUUGUACCAGUGAUUGCAAAAGCUGAUACACUUUCUCUGAAAGAGCGAGAGAGACUAAAGAAAAGGAUUCUGGAUGAAAUAGAAGAGCAUGGCAUCAAGAUUUAUCACCUGCCUGAUGCUGAAUCAGAUGAGGAUGAAGAUUUUAAAGAGCAGACCAGACUCCUGAAGGCCAGCAUUCCAUUUUGUGUAGUGGGGUCCAAUCAGCUCAUUGAAGCAAAAGGUAAAAAAGUUAGAGGUCGUCUCUACCCUUGGGGUGUAGUUGAAGUGGAGAAUCCAGAGCAUAAUGACUUCCUGAAGCUGAGGACCAUGCUAAUCACCCAUAUGCAAGACCUUCAGGAGGUGACGCAGGAUCUUCACUAUGAGAACUUCCGCUCUGAGAGGCUCAAACGAGGCAACAGGAAAAUAGAAGAUGAAGAAGUAAAUAAAGACAAGAUUUUGCUUGAGAAGGAAGCAGAACUCCGUCGCAUGCAGGAGAUGAUUGCAAGAAUGCAGGCCCAGAUGCAGAUGCAGAUGCAAAGUGGAGAAGGUGACAGCACUGCAGUUCAUGGGCACCAUGUGUAAAGUCUUGGAUUAUUUUAUCCCCUGACUCGCAGGAGACCUUUUGGAGCUGGAUUGCAGUGGUGGAGGCAGAAAGGAUGCCUCCAUGUGGUCUGGAGCUUGCUGUAGAGUUUAAUGUGGGACUGUUUUGUGGUAACAUCUUGUGAGAUGUAUUUCAUAACAUGUAGUCAGUUGGUGUUUUUAUAUAUUAUACACAUUUGACUUUUGUUUUCUUUAGUCCUUCUUAUCUUUUAAAUUUCGUAUUAGGGAUACAAAAUAGUAAUUGAAAAUUUUCUAGCCUGAUAAGCAUUAGAUAAUAAUAUUUUUUUAAUAUACCUUAUUAGCUCACUGCUUUUAACUUUGUAUUCUAUUAAGAAAUAAAAAGCUGUCAGUGAUUCCUUGUUCAGUGCCAGUCACCUCAUUAAGGCUGCACCCCUGCAAGGUUAAUUUUAUAAAUAUAGCAGUGUUUACAUGUGUGUGGAGACCAGCAGCCCUUUCUGCUCACAGCAGAGGAUUUCCUUGGCCUCUGCAAAAUAUCAAAUGAAAAUUAAAGCAUGCCUUGUGUCUUAGUGAAAGAAAGAAGAGGAAAUGCCUCUGUGAGAGGCACGCUGUACAUGACAGGCAUUGUUUAUUUUGGAUUUAACCUUGGGGGUUAUUAUUUUCCUGAAUCUUUUACUCUAUUGCAGCUAAUUUUGAAUAGUUUCUUGUAGGCCAUCACAAAUUACUCCUGCUAUUUUCUGGCAUUAUUGUAGCCAAAUAAACUUGAAUAAGGCUGAUUUUAUUGAAUGAGGUAAACUCCAAAGAGUAGUUUUCUAUGCAUAGAUGUUUCCUAUAUUCAAAUUAUAAUAAAUUCUAUAAUUUCUAGUAAGUAUUUCCAUACUAUUUUUAGGGCAUUGAAAAGUGUUACAUGUAGUAAAUAUAUAUAUAUUGGUACACUUCUCUUUUUAAAAGUGACCUGUUCCUGACAGGAUCAAUGUGAACUGUGUUUUAAGUUCUUUCUCCAGAACAGAGUCAGCAGUAUUACUUCAGGAAUGACUCUGGUUUAUUUUAUUAGGACAAGGUCACUUUCUUAAUCCUGGUAGCAAAGGAGACUGUUUUUCGCUUGGCUGGACUGGUCCUGCAGAUCAUGCCUCAUGUUGUGUUUGCAUCAAAUAAUAAAUGCAGCACACAACUGCCCAGGUGGUGUCUGACAGGGCAAGCAGUGACACACCCUGGGUUGUCUGCUGCUCCUGAUAAAGCCAGCAAUCAGAUUUCUUCAUCUGAUCUAUCACAAAACAUCCUUAUCUGAGCAGCUAAUAAACAGAUAGGUAGAAUUGCAACUUCUUUUGGCUCUUUGAGCUCAGGUGCUGCUGUGACUUUUAUAAUUUUGUUCAUAUUUCUUUGAAAAAAACAAUAGAAUUUCUACAGCUAAUGUAUAAUUCCAGUGGUACUUCACUAGCUAAAUUAAAUAUAAACCUGUUAAUCAACUGAAAUUUUUACCUGCCUGAAACUACUGUCUUAUUUGAAUUUUUUUCAAAAUGUGAAGUAAAACCCUGCAUUGUAUCCUUUGCUGAGGAGCUCCAGCUCUUUUCAAAAGCAUGUACAAUCAAAGUUUGCCACGACUCAUUUGACCUUCCCUAACUUUGACAAAAGUAAAAAUGAGAACCCUUUUGUAUGCACAGAAGAGUUAAAUCCCAUUUUGUCAAAUCUCUACAUAUAAAACUCGGAUGGAAGAACAUGUGCUUCUAAAUCCUUGAGAUGCGUUUUCAAAAGAAAGUAUAGGACCAAAGUAAUGUAGUAGAGCUGUCAGAACAUUCCCCAACACCUUAUUUAUUUCUAUUACCAUGAGCCUGUACUUGAAGAAAAACUGUGAAAUGUAAAAUGUCUACACAGGGGCCUGGUUGUACUUGUCACUCAUGCUGCGUAUAUUGGGUUGAUAGGGUUUUUUUCCUGUAUUUUUAGCAUGGGAACAAGAGCAGAUUGUCCAUUUGAUUAGUGCUGUUUGGUCACCAUCUGUGAAAUUAUUUCAGACAAUGUGUGAUUCUUUGGAAUAUUUACAUAUCUAUUAAAAUAUUUGUUUAAGAUAAAGCAUUUCAUGUGAUUCUUAAGCAAAAAUUAGUUGAUCUAAAAAUUCAGCAGGAGAAAUAUUUUUGUAUGCUGUUUUGGUAUUUAAUGGGAAAAAACAAGUUUAUGGCACUGGCCUUUUUAGCUGCAAUACUCAGGACAGGUAAUUAAUUACUGCUUCUUUCCCAAGCCUUUGGGGCAAUUGUUCAUAGUGUGCCUGAUGUCUCUGAAAGUCUAUUUCCCCUUCACUUUUCUUGGGAUGGUCUUGAAAUUUAUGGUUUUGUGCUAAGGCAUGAAAAGCCAAGACUACUUUUCUCAAAAACGCUGCUGGUAAAAGGAAGAUAUGAGUAACCAGAAAGACCUGGAGACAAAAGGUAGAUUCUGUUUGGUGGCUUGCUGAACUGGCCACAGUUUUUUUUUUUUUUUUUUUUUUUUUUUUUUGUUACUGUGUUGUGAAGGUUUUUAUUUUAGGAGUAAAAGUACUUUUGAAUUUGCAGAGCUUUAUAGUUGAUAGCAAAAAUUACUUGUUCUUGGUACAAAAACCUAUUAUAAUCUAUGUACUACAAUUAGCCAAAACUGUAAUAAAAAUUGCUAAAAAGCUA